AUGUCUCGCAAGGAAUCCGGCCAAGUUAUUCUAGUUGAUAUGGAGUGCGUUGAGCAGGAGCACAAUGGAGAGGACAAUGGCUUUACUGCUACGAAUAAUCGCAAUGUUGAGCACGUAAACGAAGGACUAUGGAAGAAAAAAGAGGAGGUCGAGAAAGAGGAUACGGAUAAAGACCAGGAUAAACGCGAGAAUGUGAAAGAGGUCGAUAAUACGGAGGAGGAAGAAGAAGCUGAUGGGGAGUCCGAUAAUGUUUUGGAGAGAGGAAAGGGGCAAGGUAUUGAAGAACUCAACGCUGAGGUUUCAGAAGAAGGGGAGGACGAAGGUGAGGAAGAGUCUGAUAACAAUUGGGAAGAAGAAGAAGCGGAUGAGCUCGAUGGGGAGAAUUCAGAAGAAGCAAAAGAGCUUGACGAAGAGAACUCAGAAGAAGCAGAAGAGCUUGACGAGGAGGAUUCAACAGAUGCAGAAGAGCUUGACGAGGAGAAUUCAACAGAUGCGGAAGAGCUUGACGAGGAGAACUCAGAAGAAGCAGAAGAGCUCGAUGACGAGGAUGAACACCAAAUUGACGAGGACGGCAUUAUUGAUGUUGAGCAUGACCACAGCUACAGCACCAACACGCGUGCCCCAGAUUCUGACGAAUCUGUUAUUCUCAUCUCCGAUUCCGACGACGAAACACCACUUUCCAAGCCUGCCCAACCAUCCCCCGUCUUUACACCAACGGCGAAUCUAGCAUCCCCCUUCCGCAAAUCACAGUUCAGUCCCGACUACUCUACCUUUGCCCCAAUACAGAAGAAUCGCUUCCGUGUCCAGCCUCAAGUGCGCGGCAAGAAGAUUGCAUGGUCCCCACGUCCCAUUUAUCCACGCCCCUCUUCUUCUCUCCAUCAGCGAAGCAAAGCGCCGCUGGGUAUGGAAGAAUUCAAAGCCGGCGUGCGUGUCCGACAGCAGGCGAGGAUUCAAAGUAUGAUCAGAGAUGCGUACAAAACAAUGUCGCAGAACGAUCCUUACACAUUCCAAGACUUCUAUGAACUUGUAAAGAAACGCACACACGUCCAGCGCCUUUUGGAUUUCGAGACACUCAAGCCCGUCACGCUACAGAAAGACGAGCAUAUCUACACACGAGAAACGCUCGAAGCACUGCGGAAGCGCGAAGCGAAUGCACAUGCUCGUCUUCCCCCUUCAGACGAAGAGCGGCGAACCAAGAUGCGCUCCCUUCGUGCUCAACGGCGCAAAGAGCACGGCAUUCUUGGCCGCAAAUCACUUCCCAAUGCACUACCGCCCGAUGCCGAAGCUCAUGUACAGGCCUGUUUACGGCAAUCGAGCUUUAUGGCGAGCAUCACAGGCGCUCAAGUCGGUGCACACGAUCUUGCAAAGCUGCGUCCAGGCCAGUGGCUCAACGAUGAAGUCAUCAAUUUCUACGGAGCACUGAUUAUGCUGCGAGCUUCGCACGCGGAAAGUAAGCGUGAGGAUGCAUUUACAACGCUCGAAGCGAACGGGUACUGGUCAGUCCAUUUUUUCUCGAGUUUCUUUUGGGAGAACCUGUCCAAGCGUGGGUACUCUGGCGUCCGGCGCUGGUCCCGUCGUGUGGAUCUGUUCACCAAAGACCUUAUUCUCUUCCCUAUUAAUCUCGGCCAGGCGCACUGGGUAUGUGCCGCGAUCAACCUGCGACUGCGCCGCUUUGAAUACUACGACAGCAUGGGUAUUCCCCGGCCCGUCGUGUUCGAGAAACUGCGCGCCUACCUUGUAGAGGAGCUGCACGAUAAGAAGCAAGCGACGUUGGAUCUGUGUGAUUGGCAGGAUUUCUUUGCGGCGGAUACAUCGCCGCAACAGUCAAACGGUUACGACUGCGGCGUCUUUGCCAUCCAGACCUUGGAGCAAUUGAGCCGGCGUGAUCCGCAUAUACCAAUGCCGCCGCGUCUCGACGCAGCUGCAUUUGAGCACGCGGCAAACCCUGCUGAAUUGGAGCAUCUGCGGGAGGAGCAUGCGGAAGAGUACGCGUGGAAUUUCUCGCAGCAAAAUAUGCAGUACCUGCGCCGACGGAUGGCGUACGAGAUUGGACAGCAAAAAUUACUUGCGUAA